GACGCCUGGCCACCCCUGCUGAGGUGGCCUCGCCGACAGAGCUCAGCAAUGCCUGCAGCCGGGGUGUCUGCGGCCAGGGUGCCUGCUCCUCCACCCGGGAGUCAGCCUUCGUGCACGCCAUCGCCUCGGCCGGCGUGGCCUUCGCUGUGACGCGCUCCUGCGCCGAGGGCGCGCCUGCCGUCUGCGGCUGCAGCAGCCGCCACCAGGGCUCCCCGGGGGCCGGCUGGAAGUGGGGUGGCUGCAGCGAGGACAUCGAGUUCGGCGGAAUGGUGUCUCGGGAGUUUGCCGACGCGCGGGAGAACCGGCCUGACGCCCGCUCAGCGAUGAACCGGCACAACAACGAGGCGGGGCGCCAGGCCAUUGCCAGCCACAUGCACCUCAAGUGCAAGUGCCACGGGCUGUCGGGCAGCUGCGAGGUGAAGACCUGCUGGUGGGCACAGCCCGACUUCCGUGCCGUUGGGGACUUCCUGAAGGACAAGUACGACAGCGCGUCCGAGAUGGUGGUGGAGAAGCACCGUGAGUCCCGCGGCUGGGUGGAGACGCUGCGGCCACGCUAUACCUACUUCAAGGCGCCCACGGAGCACGACCUGGUCUACUACGAGGCCUCGCCCAACUUCUGCGAGCCCAACGCCGACACUGGCUCGUUCGGCACGCGCGACCGCGCCUGCAAUGUCAGCUCUCCGGGCAUCGACGGCUGCGACCUGCUGUGCUGCGGCCGCGGGCACGACGCGCGCACCGAGCGGCGCCGGGAGAAGUGCCGCUGCGUCUUCCACUGGUGCUGCUACGUCAGCUGCCAGGAGUGCGCGCGUGCCUACGAGGUGCACACCUGCAAGUAGUCAGGCCGUGGCAGCCCCAGGGCGGGG